GGUUCCGAUGCUCUGUGCUGUGAGCUCGCGCCGCUCAGUUCGCCUCCUGCUGCGCUCUGAUUGGCUGACGCUCCAGUUCCUCGUGAGGAAAUCACUCCUUUUAUAGUUAACGGAGCUGCGCGCCGCCGGUUUCCGGGUUUACUCUCCCCAGCAUGUAGAAGAGGAGGCGGGCCGCCGGGAGACACCUGGAGCACCGCGGGCACAUCAGGGCCAUCGAUCCGCUCCGCACCCAGCGACCAGCGAGCAGUGCAGCAUGGGGAACCUAAUCAAGGUGUUAACACGAGACAUCGACAACAACGCUGGAAACUUCUUCCUGGACUUUGAAAAUGCUCAGCCGUCGCAGUCGGAGACCGAGGUAUGGGAGAAGGUGAACCAGGUGCUGACGGAGGCCAAGGUCAUCCUGGAAGACCUGCAGACGUACAAAGGAGCCGGAGACGAAAUACGACAGGCCAUCCAGAAUCCAAAUGUUGAGGGUGUUCAGGAGAAGGCCUGGGCUGCUGUGGUUCCCCUGGUCGCCAAACUCAAAACCUUCUAUGAGUUCUCACAGAAACUGGAAUCCAGCCUGCAUUGCCUGCUGGAUGUUCUCACCACCGCUGACUCGACUCCGACCCAACAUCUGGAGCAGAAGCAGGCGCUUGCUCGUCAGUUCGCCCACAUCCUGCACUUCACGCUGCGCUUCGAUGAACUAAAGAUGACCAACCCAGCCAUCCAAAAUGACUUCAGCUACUACCGACGAACCAUAAGCCGCAUGCGGAUCAACAACCUGUCGGCGGACUCAGGGAACGAGGUCAACAAUGAGCUUGCCAAUCGGAUGUCUCUGUUUUACGCCAGUUCCACGCCGAUGCUAAAGACGCUGAGCGACGCCACAUCAAAAUUCGUCUCAGAUAACCCAGAUGUUCCCAUUGAGAACACCACUGUCUGUUUGAGCACAAUGGCCUGCGUGUGCAAAGUGAUGCUGGAAACACCGGAAUACCGAAGCCGCUUCGCCAGCGAAGAGACGGUGCUGUUCUGCCUCCGUGUGAUGGUCGGCGUCAUCAUCCUGUACGACCACGUUCAUCCAGCCGGAGCCUUCGUGAAGACCUCCAACAUAGAUAUGAAGGGCUGCAUCAAGGUGCUGAAGGAGCAGCCGCCCAGCAGCGUGGAGGGUUUACUGAACGCUCUCAGGUACACGACCAAACAUCUGAACGAUGAGACUACCUCCAAGCAGAUCAAGAACAUGCUGCAGGCCAAUUGAAAUCUCUCUCAGCACUGAGCAGGAAUGGAGCGACCUCAAGGUCCACAGUUCAGACCUGCCCAACAAAGCUUCAGUUUUUUACUUUGUAUUUUUUAUUGUAAGUUCAGAGAUAAGAUGUUUUUUUGUUUUUUUUUUGUUUUUUAGGGAAGGGACAAGAAUCAGUGUUUAAAUUUAGGUUUUAUUCCAGAGGUACUGCCCCCUGGUGGACAUUUGUAUUAAUACAUUAACCCUAAAUGUUUUAUGCUAGUUAGAAACGACGCUGGACGUACAAACACUGGAGUUACAAUAACUGAUAAAAGUAGAAUGCUUGCAAUCCCUGGUGGCUGCAUGGAUAAUUACAAUAGCUAACUGCCUGCUUGUUUUCUGCUCUGUUAAAAUCUGAAAUAUAUUCACUGACAAAACGGCCUCAGGUUUGUGCACUUUAUCUUGGUGGCGGUUUGGUUUCUGCACAGAGCUCAAUUCAAACCUGCACAUAUCCAACUAAAGGCUCAACAUUUAUCCAAAAUGCAGCCAGACACUUACUGAGAGUACAACCUGUUUCUGACACAGCAGCUUCCAAGGCUUCCUUCUCCAUCUUAGAGCGCUGUAACUAUGAGCCCAGUGAGGGAAGGGUCUAAAUUACCUCUGUCAUCAUUCAAACUCUUUUCCUGAAGGGUGAAAUCGUCUCACCUUCAGUUCCUGUCGCAGUUUAAAUCUGUUUUUUCAGCUUUUUACAAGCAGCAGGUUUGGCAUUUUCUCUAACUGCCCGGUUUUUCCUGACAUUUCAGCCACGUCAGUCCACUGACGGCCAUGUUGGGAUGAUCUCCAUUCAGUAUUUCCUAAAAAUUCUUUGUAAAUUGAACAUGUUUGCUGAUCCUCUGAGCCCUGUUGUCUUCUCUGCAGUCUUAACACUGGAUCUACUGUUGCUUUCAAACAUGUGAUGCUUUUGCAGCAGUCAGUGAGUCAUUCUGCCAGCCUGCAGUCCUUCAUUCGCAUGAAGCCAAAACGAUGCUGAUGUGACAAACAUCUGGGUCCAAACAUUUCACCUGGUCCUCUGCAGCUUCAUAAAAGUGGACUUUUCUGUCUCAAUUAUAAUCUGAACCACUGUGAUGAUGAUGUUGUUAUUGAUGAUGAUGAAACGGUACAGAUGUGGAGGUUUUGUUCAGAUUCUGUUUGUUUAGAGCUUUAAAUUUGCCUUGUAUGUCGAUGCUGCAGAUUAAGGGCCUGAACGGCAUUAAGUGUUUUUAAUAAUGUGUCUCGGCCAAAUAAAUCUUUACGUUUUUACUAAAAAAAAA